AACUCUCUUUUUCUCAUAGAUAAAGGUGGAUGAUAUGAUGAUAUAUAAAAAAAUAAAUAAAGAAGAGAGAAGUGAAUAAGGUCGAGUCGGUCACUACUCACGGUGCAUGGUCACUCUCUCUGCACGUUCUCUUGCCCUCUCUCUCUCUCAUUAUCUCCCCUAUUAAAGACUCUAACCAGUCACACAGAGAGUGAGAGAGAGACAGAGUCAGAGUCUUCUUCUUCUGCAAGAGAUAAACCAUCAACCAUAAUCUAUAACAAUGGACGUUUAUGGCUUAUCUUCACCAGACUUACUUCGAAUCGAUGACCUUCUUGAUUUCUCCAACGAAGACAUCUUCUCCGCCUCUUCUUCCGGUGGUUCCACCGCCGCUACUUCCUCUUCUUCUUUCCCUCCUCCUCAAAACCCUAAUUUCCACCACCACCAUCUCCCUUCCUCCGCCGAUCAUCACUCCUUCCUCCACGACAUUUGUGUUCCCAGUGAUGACGCAGCUCAUCUUGAAUGGCUUUCGCAAUUCGUAGACGAUUCUUUCGCUGAUUUUCCGGCGAAUCCAUUAGGAGGAACUAUGACUUCGGCCAAAACUGAAACUUCAUUUCCUGGGAAACCAAGAAGCAAACGAUCAAGAGCUCCUGCUCCUUUCGCCGGAACAUGGUCACCGAUGCCAACGGAAUCCGAGCAUCAUCAGCUUCACUCCGCCGCGAAAUUCAAGCCAAAGAAAGAACAUUCCGGAGGAGGAGGAGGAGGAAGACAUCAGUCGUCGUCAUCGGAGUCGGCGGAAGGAGGAGGAAUGAGGAGAUGUACUCACUGUGCAUCGGAGAAGACGCCACAAUGGAGGACAGGACCACUGGGACCUAAAACGUUAUGUAACGCUUGUGGAGUCCGGUUUAAAUCCGGUAGACUUGUACCGGAAUAUAGACCGGCUUCGAGUCCGACUUUUGUUUUGACUCAACAUUCAAACUCUCACCGGAAAGUGAUGGAGCUUCGACGGCAGAAAGAAGUUAUGAGACAACCACAGCAAGUUCAACUUCAUCACCACCACCACCCGUUUUAGUUUCCACUGCCUCGUCCGUCGUCUCUUUUUUUUGGUUCUUGGGGUUGGGUUUUGGGGUAACGUCACGUGAUGAUGACGUGUCGCGAUCCUAGCGGCGUUAAUCACGUGACCGACGACGACGGGAGCCUAAAAUUUUUAGCGAACGUUGCAAAAUCAAACCUCUUUUAAUUGUUAAUUAUUAAAAAAAUUACAUCUUUUGGUUUGCCUUUU